AUGAACGACAGUGCACAAGGAGGGAAGGCAUUUGGUCUUCUAAAAUCGCAACAGGAGGAAAAACUGAACUCUAUCAAUGAGGCUUUUCUCUCAGAUCCGCAGUAUGCAGAGGAAGAGGAUCUGGCCUCAAAGCUUGAAAUGUUUAAAAAGAAAUAUAUGGAGUUUGAUCUGAACGACAAAGGAGAAAUAGAUUUGAUGGGUUUAAAACGAAUGCUGGAAAAACUUGGAUUGGCCAAAACUCACUUAGAGCUGAAAAAGAUGAUGUCCGAGGUGGUUGGAAACGCAUCAAAAGACACUAUCAACUACAAUGACUUCCUGAACAUGAUGCUGGGGAAAAGAAAUGCAAUUUUAAAGCUGAUCUUGAUGUUUGAAGGAAUGGGAAAGGAGCAGGAGCAGAAAGAUUCUGGACCUCCUGGUCGCAAAACCUUUUCAGACCUGCCCUGAAUGAGGUCUCCAGCCCUGGAUGAAGAUAUCUGCCAUUGAGCUGUGCAUUAUUGUUUCUUUUUAUUUUCAGACAUCUUGUUGAGGACAAAAAAUAUAUAAACUUCAGGGCACUUGUAAGAAAAUAAUUUUUCGAAGAAAUACUGGAAAGCCCCCAGAUGUCGUAUUACUCUGGCGUCAUUGGUUUUGUGAACAACAUAUUGCAUAAAUCUGGAUGAAAUGUGUAAAAGAGAAUGUCAAAAUAGCCUAACAUUGUUUCUUUCUAAACCUAUUUUGAUAGACAUCUUUACAGAAAUGCUUGCUGUUAGUAAAAUGUUAUUAAAAACCGCACGGUGCAUAGUGUCGCCUUUUAUCCUUUUAUCCGUAUUUGAUCGAGACUUGAACUCGUUUCCGGUUUCAUUUGGAGACUGCGUCAACGAGAACUUUUGUUUUGAAAACUGUGCAACCGGAAGACGGACAUCUCGAGAAACAGAGCACAAACUAGGGAAGCUUGCAAGUUUAUUCGGUCAAUAUAUGAAGGGACGAUGAGCAGCUCAGAGGAGGUGUCCUGGAUAUCUUGGUUUUGUGGUCUUAGAGGAAAUGAGUUCUUCUGUGAGGUUGAUGAAGACUACAUACAGGACAAGUUCAACCUCACAGGUCUGAAUGAGCAGGUGCCGCAUUAUCGACAGGCUCUGGACAUGAUUCUGGACCUGGAGCCAGAUGAGGAACUUGAAGACAACCCAAACCAAAGUGAUCUGAUAGAGCAGGCAGCAGAAAUGCUGUAUGGUCUCAUACAUGCACGUUACAUCCUGACAAACAGAGGAAUUGCACAAAUGCUGGAGAAGUAUCAACAAGGGGAUUUUGGUUAUUGUCCCCGAGUCUACUGCGAGAAUCAGCCGAUGCUUCCUAUUGGUUUGUCAGACAUACCAGGAGAAGCAAUGGUGAAGCUGUACUGUCCAAAGUGCAUGGAUGUAUACACCCCUAAAUCCUCCAGACACCACCACACGGACGGAGCCUAUUUUGGCACGGGGUUCCCUCACAUGCUGUUCAUGGUGCACCCAGAGUAUCGGCCAAAGCGGCCCGCCAACCAGUUUGUGCCAAGGCUAUACGGCUUCAAAAUUCACCCAAUGGCUUAUCAGCUCCAACUUCAGGCUGCAUCCAGUUUCAAAAGCCCAGUAAAGACGAUCCGCUGA